UUGGCAACAUCGUGUUGCUGGAGACAAACCGUUCAGUCGAAGUGGUACUGCCGAUUGCUGAAGGCUGCUGAGGGCAGCAUAGUCAGUGUGGGCCGCGCGGAAUUUCGCGCCAAUCGAGAGAAGAAGGUUCCUUCCCUGUAAUAGGCCGUGUCUUAUUACAUAAUUGUUUGUGCGUCUCUUGUGAUCUAGACCAAAAGCCUCCGGUUCUUCCCCUUGAAACGUCGAGUUAGAAGAAGAAGGUGAACGAGAACCAAAGAACCCGCGCACAACCACCGAUUCCGUCCGUCGGAAUUAAGCUUAGUGUGAGUGCAAAGUGUUUCUUUUCUGUGGCAUGUUCUUGAUGGAGCGUUGCUGAACGUGAGAGCAGACACAGAGUGACGACUGUGGUGACCAUGAAGAACGAUGUCAGUGGAUGAUUGUGGUGAAACUGCUGGUGUAGCCGCGCACCGUUCUUCGGUCAAGUGUUUUCUGUGCAGAACUUAGAAUUUAGCUCGAGACACCCCCCUAACCAAGCAACCUCUGGAAAAGGAAAAGCAAAGCCCGCCACGCUCGGCAUCUCUGCAACCCGCACGGCAUGGUGUUGCUGCCCGGUGGUACUGACAACCAGGUGUCACUAGCAGUGGUAGCCGACCGCCGCGAUGUCCUCGAAGCCGGCGACUCCGCUCGAGCAGCGGCGCGGCUAUCCGGGCGAAAACGAAAGCACCCGAAUUCCGGUGCUUUCGCCGACCCCGUUCCGGCGUUCCUAUUCGCUGCGCAUGCGCACCAGCCGGAGCUUCCAUGACUACCAACAUUACCGGGACGUGGACGUGGGUUGCUGCGUCUGUGAUUACGGUGGUGUUGGUGGCCCAGCAAUGCAUCACCCAGCAACGAAUCUGUCCAGCCCGUCGACGUCCAGCGGCGUAAAAGUGAAAAAUUCCCUCGCCAAUGGAGCCAAACCGGCCAGUCACCAUCAUCACCACGCGCGGGACACGUCGGCGCCCGGCCAGUCACCGCAGGAUACGACCGCCGGCGGCAAGGAUACGCUGCUUCCGAAUGGCAUCGUAGGACACGGCCAUCACGGGCAUCACCACCAUGGAAGCAACAACAACAACAACGGCAGCUGUGGCCAGAAAUCGUUGUGCUCGUCCUCGCAGUCGACACGCAAGAACAGCCUGCAGAAGAAUGAUCGGGGCAUGUCCCUGAAUCUAAUCAGUUCCGGUCACGGUGGCAGUUGUAACACGAGCGCUCAAAGAUCGCCGCGAAGACCGCACACGCCUUGCGAGUCGUCGGCGAACACACCCGGAGUUGUCACCAAGAGCAGCCUGAGCCCGAAGACGCCCCCGGUUUCGCCGGAAUCGCCCGUCACCAGCUACCUGGAUGACGAUCUGGAUUCGCUGCAGAGCUACAGCAGUUCGGUGGCGAGCGGAAUGUCGUGUGACCACCCGUACGUGGCACGCAACGGGACCACGUUCAGUGGUCGCAAGAUGAAAUACGUAGUGCACUGCUCGAGCCAUGCGGGCCAAACGGGCGAGGAUUACCUGACGCCGACGCAGCGAGCCCAGCGCCAGAUCCGGCGGCUGAAGGAGCUGCUGUCGCAGGCCCGCAUGGAUCUGGAGCAGCGCGACAGUGAAAUCCUAAGACUUACCAAAGAGGUCGUUGAGUUGCGACUGUUCAAAGCGUCGCUCAGUUCCCCGGAGGAACGUUCCAACUCGAGCGACGCCGUAACGGUGCGUGAGAACACCACCAACGAUGCGAACACGCCCAGCUCGCAGGGCAUCUCGCCGAUCGUGGAUCAGACCGACGAAGGAGUUGUAGGGCUAGGAGUCAAGGCUAGUCCCCGGCACCAUCUGCACAACCAUGGCAUCCACCAGGUGCAGUUCAUGGAGAAGAUGUCCACGUCGGAGAUGGCCAGCUCGUUCGCCGAUUCGGGCCACUUUGAGGACAUUACGACCUCGUCGAUACACUCCAAGGACUCGUACGUGCACACGCAGGAUCGUGCUUGCGGAAGCGACGAGGAGAUCGACGCCGAACGGCAACGGCUCGUCGAGAUGUACGAGGCGCGCAUCGAGGAACUGGUCAAGCAGCAGGAAGCGGACGCCCAGCAGGUGCGCAUGUCCAACAACGAUCGCGUCGAGGCGCUGCUGCAAAAGCUGGCCGAGUCCAACAGCCGAUACUGUGAUCUGGUCCCGGACCACGAACAGGCAAAGGAGCGCAUCCGCGAGCUGGAGAAGCAGCUCGAGGAGCUCCACUUGCAACUGCAGGAGCAGGAGGACAAAGCCAACAAGAUGUAUCUGCACAUGUACGCCAAGGGCCAGGAAGCGGAACGGCAGGAGCAGGCGGACCGCGUGAUCGACAUGGCGCGCCAGUCGCCCAGCCGGGUUUCGGUGCCGGAACUGAUGCAGCAACUCCAGGUGACCCAGGAGGAAUUGGAGAACAUACGGGAUGCAAACUAUCAGCAAGAAAGUGGAAGCUCGCACGUUUUACUGAGCGCCAAAGAAGCGAUCUCGCUGUGGCUUUUGGGCGCCCGGAAGACCAUGUACAAGCGGCUGAUCGACGCCCAGCAGACGAAGAACAAGGUCGACCCGGAGGUUACGCUGCAGUUCCUGAAAAGCGCCAUCUACUACUUCCUCACGGACAAGGAAAACUCGCAGGGCCACCUGAACGCGAUCGAGAGCAUUCUCGGCUUUUCGGACGCGGAAAAAUGCAACAUUGACAAGGCGCGAGCUUACAAGUGAAAGGCUUACAGGAAAUAUGAUAAAGAAGAAGAAGAUACACAAUUGAAACACAAGUUAUGAAGAUUAGAUAAGAUUUAAAUGUUUUCAAGCAAACAAACAAAAAAUUACUGAAAGAGCAACAAGUUAGACGGCUGAUACACACGCAAUUGAACACAACACAAUUAGAAGGCAUAAAAUAAACAUGUUAAUAUGAGUAUUAUCCUUAUUCUUUCAAUUAAAUGCUUGUCCGAGAUGCGUUGCUUUGUUUCUGUACGGUAUUUUAAUAAGUUCCUUUUUUAAUAUUUAUUCCGCAUUCUACCAAAAAAAAACUUAGAGAAGAAAAACGAAACUUUAAUGAUUUUAAAAUGACUGCAUGUUAUAAUAACCAAUAUUUUAUAGCACUUUUAAUCCAGGUUCAAGGUUCUCUCAAAACUUCGGGGUCUAAUUUUCAGUCUAUUGUGUUUCACCACACAAAAAAAAAAUACUACAAAGCUGUGUAGAGGCACCUUUCAAAAGUGCAGAAAGCUCAAUUUAAAACACGCUAUUUGAUUGCCACACAACAGUUCUAAUCGCAUCGCUUUAAACAUUUCGAUAGAGUGCAAACCAGAUUCGUCCAUAAUCAGAUGUGUCGGCUAGCUCCGAACUCUUCACACACCAGAGCAAAAGAUAUUGAAGAUUGCAAAGUUAUCGUUAACUAUAUUGUAGAAAAGAACAAGAUGGUAAAAAUAGUUAGACAAACUGCUAGCCUCCGAGCCUCACAGCAAGCAAGCAAGCAGACAUUUAUUUCCUGACUAGAGCCAAAAGAUGACUUUGAGCGAUAUUUUGAAAAACCGUAACUUACCCAAAUCAAAUAGCUAUUUGUAAUAAUCAAAAACGCUUUCGGUUGUGUUUCAGCAGCGAGCAGUACGAAUAGUGCCUAAUUUUAGGAGAGCAACAAAAAAAGACGUAAUGAAAUUCAAAAAACUCAAAAAUUCAGCAGUUCGAAAAUAAAUUAAAUCAAUUCCAGUGUUAGAAAAAUCUACGUUUCAAACUAAACUUACAGUAAAAUAGCAGAAAAACGCAAAACCACUUAACCGAUAUCCCAAACAUGGAACGCAAGAUUAGACGGCAAAUGCAUAGGAAAAAAUGUUUGUAAAAGGGCAGUGAAAGUGAGAAGGAACUAAAAAAAAGGAAGAGUGCAAUCCUGUGAACCCGGUAUAGCUAAAGUAGUGAGCAAUGCAAGUGUUGAAAAAAAAUGCAAUGAAUUUUAUUCAAAUGUUGCCUACACAUUCACACACCACGAUAAAUACAAGGAAAGUUUAAAAAUUA